GCGGAUAUGAACCCACGCACUCUCUGCUUUCUCCACGCCGUUCUGAAAAUUUUACGAAACGUUGUCACACCGCUGAAGUCUUCAGGUGUUCGCUGCCAAUGGCUCAAUUUUACACGCUCAUUUUCAGUCUUACUCUAAUAUGGGUGAUGAUGCCACACAAUAAUGAUGCUGCCGAUGAAAAAAAAUCAAAAGUUAAAAUUCAAGCCUACAGUGGGAAUUUAGCUAAUGGACGAAUACAGCAAAUUAACUUGAAUGGUAAAAACAUGGUAUCGCUAAAAGUAGGAAAGAAGAAAAGUGCUGGAUUGCAACCUUCAGCAAUAAUACGACGAAGCCAUAUCCAAAAAUGUUGUGCCUCUAGGUCAUGUUCAAACGAACAAAAUAGCAAAAAUAGGCAGAAUCAAACUAAAAUCGCAGAGGCACAAGAUUUGGUGGUCCGCACGGAUUUCAACGGGCCUUCCCAAAAAUUGGUCAAAAUCGGCACGAAAAAAUACAAGUUUCCCAAGGAAAAGGCCACUUUUGAAGGUGCCAAAAAGUUUUGCGCAGAUCAAAACAUGGCGCUUUCGACUUUUGAUGACCCCGGUGAAGUUAAAAAGAUAUCUGAAUACCUGAACUACAUAGGUUUGGCUGAUGAUCCCAUUUAUACGUCCAUAUCAUCGGCUUUGGGAUCAAGUUCCUCGAGUUCAGUCAAUUGGGGAACGGAUUCUCCACCAGGAGGAUCUGGAGACUGCGUGGUCCAAAAGGAUGGAGUAUUUUAUAACGCUUCGUGUGAUUCACUGAGUAACUUUGCGUGUGAAGAAAAACCAUUACCACCCGGAGUCACAGAAGCAAUCGGUGCGGACGCUUUGUCUUCCAUUGGGGAUGCCGUUCUAAACUUCGUCGGUGGAAAGAAUAUUGUGGUUCCGAGUGAAAAGGCAACAGCAAAACAAGCAGAAUCAAUUUGUGCCGGUCAAGGACUGAGCCUUAUGUCAUUAGAUUCUCUUGCUCAGAUGGACUCAGUAAAAGAUUUCUUAGGAGAUAUUGGUCUUUCGUCAACAACAGUACUUACGUCAAUGAAGAAAGUUACUGAUGGCAAUUCCAAUUGGCUAGGGGAUUUGGCAUCAGCUCUUGUACCACCAAAAGACCCUGCACAAGCUGGAGACUGCAUGGGGCUAAAUUCACUAGGCUUGACCGGUGUGACCUGUGACAUGGUUUCAAAUUUUGUGUGCGAAGCACCAUCACCGAAUAGUGCAGGUCCUACUCAAAAAGCUUCCUCGGGGACAACUAGCUCAAACUUGGAUCCAAUGACCGACAGUCCAGCAGUUGAACCAAUAACUCAAGCUAGCGCUACUCUAGCACCAAGUGAUUCUUCUUCGGUAAAUUCAGCCGGUUCAACACCAAACUCAGCAGCCGCAAGUAGUGCAGUGGCUUCCGGAACUGGAACUUCAUCUGGCGUUCAGGCCUCGGCGACGAAUACUUUGCCAAGUUCUGGAACCACGGAGACGCAAACUUCAGUGUCAGCAGACUCCACCACGGGAGGACAAACGGCAACAACCUCAACAGUUGAUUCUACAACUACGUCUGUUGGAGCAAGUGGUGGUUCAACUGACACAAGUUUAAGUGCGCAAUCUUCCUCCACUUCAGUGACGUCUGGCUCGAUUCCAGCAUCUGCAAGUGGUGCGUCUACAAUGAUAGGCUCGACUCCAACACCCACAAGCCCAAUGCCAUCAACUUCUUUACCCUCUUCUUCAACAACUUCUGUAACUUCAACAACUACAAGAACGUCGACGAUUACGUCAACAACCACAAGUACAACAACUACCACCUCUCCUUCGUUAGCCUCAGGCAGCUUUACAUAUGGAUCCAAGACGUACAUUGUUUCAACAGAGCUGAUAUCUUCAAACAACGCUUCGGCGUGGUGUGUAGCAAAAGGCUACAAACUGUAUUGCCCUAAGAACAGUGGCGAAUUCAACAACAUUAAAACUACAUUACAGACAGCCGCCGUUAAAACAGCGCUGAACUAUGACGGCGUUAGCAAUUUGGGCAUUGGCCUCCGAAAGAACACAGCCUGGGGGUGGACCGAUGGACAAGGUUUUAAUAAGAAUGACAUAAAUUGGAGUGAAGACCUUCCAGCAAUCACGGGAAACUGUGGAGUAUUAAAUCCAGCUUACGUGUGGGCACGCAUAGUAGAUUGUGCGAUUCCAACCAGAAUCAUCUGCGAACCAUAAAUGUAGUUUUGCGUUAAA